CACCCCUAGGCCCAGUACCAGUGGAGAGAGAGGCCGGGCCGACACACACACAGCGGCAGAGCGCCCACGCCUCAGGCAGGCGCCGCACCAGCAACCAACCAGCCCAUCCCCUAGGAGCCGCCGCCGAAUUGGGUGCGCGGGCGCCGCCAUGGAGAGGGAAGCCACGGUCGCCUUCUACCCGCCGGCGCCGGCGCCGCAGCAGCAGCGCCCCACGGCCGCGCAGCCGCUCUCGGCCCGCGUGCCUGCCGGCGGCGUCCACGCGGGCCGGGGAGGAGGGGGCAGGCAGUACCGCGGGGUGCGGAUGCGCAAGUGGGGCAAGUGGGUGGCCGAGAUCCGGGAGCCCAACAAGCGGUCGCGGAUCUGGCUCGGCUCCUACGCCACCGCCGUCGCCGCCGCGCGCGCCUACGACACCGCCGUCUUCUACCUCCGCGGCCGCUCCGCGCGCCUCAACUUCCCCGACCAGCUCCUCGACGGCACUGCCCCCGCCGCCGCGCCCGGGGACCUCACCGCCGCCGCCAUCCGCAAGAAGGCCGCCGAGGUCGGCGCGCGCGUCGACGCGCUCCACUCCGGCGGCAUCGGGGUCGGCAUGGGCGCCCCUGCGGCACCGCCGUCGCCGUCCCAGCGCCGCAGGGCCAAGAACCCCGACCUCAACCGGGAGCCCACCCCCGACACCGACGACGACGAGUGAACUGCUGUAAACCCCCGCCAAUUCUUCAGUUCUUCUCCGACCACCAUCACCACCUACAUACCUAGUACUAGUGCGUCUUAAUUAGUGGUUAGCAACCAGCAGCGAGGUAGCUAGCGGUAGCAGAGCAUCAACCAUCUCAGUGAGCAAGCAGAUACUAGUUCAGUCAGUUCAAGAAGACAUGGGGAAGCAAGCAUGGAUCGGACAUGCAAGGUGUUCGGUGAAAUGCCGGAUGAGCUCGGGGACCAAACCCGACCAAUAAUGGAGCCGCGACGUCGCAGUCAGCUCGGCCAGGGGGUUACUAAGUAGGGCCUGGGCUAUCAGCGACGGCGAGCUUGGUGGCAGUAGACUCAGGGUGUGUGAGUGCGUGCUUGGGCAUGGGCAUGCACCUAAGCAAGGUGCAUGGCCAUGUACCGACCUGCAUCAGAUAUAAGAGUGUUUGUAAAGAGAGAUACCGGCGAACAAACAAAAGCUUCAAGAAUCAUUCCAUGCA